AUAACAAAUUUCAAGUGAAAUACUCCGAUCCGAAGGUCUGCAAGAGCUUCCUCUUGGCAUGCUGUCCACAUGAGAUAUUAUCAUCCACUUUCUUAUUUCCAGAGGUGUCUGGAAAAACCAAUUCCAAUAGAGAAACCAUUCGAGAAUAAUGUCCUCUCUUAUGUCGUACUUGUCUCUCGCACACACGCGUUAACCUGUAAGUACUGAAAAAAAAACAAAAAAAAACAAAACAAAUGAAAAGUAAUGAAAACCGAGAGAUAAAAGGACGUACGUAUGUUACUUCACAUAUAACAUUACUUGUUUUUACUAUAACCGUUUUUUGAAGUAUUUUUCAUGAUAUGAAAGCAAUUGGUAGAGGCCCUGAUCAGUCUUAUCCUUCUCAUAAUUUGCCAUUGCCGUACAUAUUACUUGUGAAGAAGAGAGAACAUUCUUCAGGGGUAUAUUUAUGCGGUAAUGAUUAUUAAGGGGCCUGAUGAUUAGCCAUCGACGUCAUCAUUGAUAUUUUGCAAAUUCAAUAUGGAAAUGUGAGCAUCAAAAUUCCGCAGUGAAGUCAAUCCUUUUAAUUAUUCAAUUAUCUUGGUAACGAGGAAAAUUUCAAGGCAUUUUUUGUAGAAAGUGUCAACACUUUGCUCUAAAUUCACUCAUUAUUGAGAUACGUAAUUCACUGUUUGAGAGAAAAAAUGAUAGCUGAGUUGCAACGAUUAAAAUCUUCACUGCUGAAUUAAUUGUCAAGGAUAAUGGUAUGUACCCAUCCAGUCCCCUUAAAAUUUUGAUGGUCAUACGGAUUGACAUGGAUGAGAGGUACACCAAAGAGUUGAAUAAAACUAUCACAAACAUUAAUAGCGCUUUGGUAAGUAGCGUAACUGAUUUAAUGCGAUAAUAAAUGAAAUAUGAAGUUGAAGUUUAACGACAGAAGGCUGUCACAUUAACGAAUCAUAAUAAUCGACUUCGUUAUAAUUCGUGAGUAUGAACAAAGAAAUGAAAGAAAGAAAAAGAAUGCAUAAUUAGUCACACCCCGAAGGUACGCAGCCAUACGCAGAUACUCUGUAAGUAAAGCACUCUGAAAAUGUCUUUCACUUUACAAGAGAUUGAGAGAAAAUCUAUUGCAAUGAAUUAUGGAUAACUAUCUCCUUGUGCAUGAAAAUCGCGGAUUACAAAUUAAUCUGCAAUUCAAUAACCAUUCGAAUAAUUUUUUCAACGAUCAUUCGUCACUUUAAUCAGAAUUAAAGUGACUCGACUCACGAAAAUAGUUGGAUUCAAAAAUAUUGAAUGUUUGGAAUGUGAACGAUCAUCCAGGAUCGUGUGAAAAUUCAUCACAGGAUGUACGUAUUACGAUUGAAAUAAAUUAAAAUUAUAAAUUGUUAAUUCAGAUAACGACAUUUGAAAUUUGAAUUUUGGUAUUCUCAAAAUUAUUAGAUCCAAUUUUUGGGGAUAAAUAAUUUAAUAGAAUAAUUAGGUUGUAAGUUGUUGCCAUUUGAAACAUGAAAUAUAAUGUGACGAAGCCUUAAGGUGUGUAUGCUGAUUUGUAGCAUCAUUACCCAUCGCAUUCGCGCGUCAGGCGGAGAGGUGUUGCCACUCUGUAAGUCAAAACCAACAGAAUAUUGUAUCUACCUAUAUAGAAAUAAAACCUUCCAUCGCCGAAGAUGAAAAAAAAUCUAUAAAUAUGAAGAAUCAUUCCAUCUGCAGAAGAGCCUUUCUCACAUAAUUGAUUCAACAAAUUUGAGCGUGAAAUUAUGGGUGGCUGAGUGAAUGGCUGUGUGAGUGGGAGUGUACGAAGUGAAAAUAAAUAAAUAAUCAUAAAAGGAUCAUGAAUUAAGAUUGAUUGAUAUUUCUGAAUGAGGGGCCAGGAAUAUUCAUAUUUUAUCAGAAAACUAAAUGAUUUCUUGAGAAUCAACGUAAUUCGAUCUCUAUUUCAAUUGAUAUUGUCUAAUGUUCUUUUAUGAUUUGUCAAUCGCAGCGCAUGGACCUGGGAGAAUGCCCCCAGAUUCACGAUUUAGCCUUACGGGCUGACUAUGAGGCAGCACAGAAGAAGAAGGAUCACUUUUACGAUAUUGAUGCAAUGGAACAUCUCCAGAAUUUCAUUGCCGACUGUGAUCGACGUACAGAACAAGCAAAGCAACGUCUAGCAGAAACUCAAGAGGAAUUGAGCGCCGAGGUUGCAGCUAAAGCAAACAGCGUUCAUGUACUUGCCGAGGAAAUUGGAAAGAAAUUGGCAAAAGCUGAGCAGCUCGGUGAAGAGGGCUUUGUCGAGGAAUCCAUGAAGCUCAUGGGUGAAAUUGAUGAGCUGCGAAAGCGUAAAAAUGAAGCUGAACAGGAAUAUCGAAACAGUAUGCCAGCCUCGAGCUAUCAGCAGCAAAAGCUUCGUGUUUGUGAAGUAUGCAGCGCCUAUCUUGGCAUUCACGACAAUGACAGGCGUUUGGCGGAUCAUUUUGGUGGCAAAUUGCAUCUGGGAUUUAUCAAGAUACGUGAGAAAUUAGCUGACUUGGAGAAGACUGUUGAGGAAAGACGUAGGGAGAAACGGGAGUCCAUGAUGGACAGGGAUAGACACCGUGACAGGGACGAUCGUGAUCGCCGAGACUCGAGGGAAAGAGGUCGCGGAUUGGGGUACAGGGAGCGCGAGCGUGAUCGUGAUCGCGACCGUGAUCGCAGGGACAGGGAUAGGAGGCGCUCACGAUCACGCAGCCGCAGUCGUGGGAAGAGAUCCAGACGUUCACGCAGCAACAGCCGCAGUCGUCGCUCUCGCUCACGACGAAGUGGAUCAAACGAUCGUAAACGAUAAUUCAUCAGCCCCUCCACAGGACGAGGUAAGACUUUACGACAGCGACCAGACGUUACGAAGACGUGACACAACAGUUUUGAGGAAAGAGAAAAGAAACUUCAAGCGCCCAGGCUCACCAUGCACGUGCAAAUGUAAUGUAAGCUCAUAGAACAUCAAAUUGUCCUCUUUUAUUUACAAUUAUUUUAAAUUCAUUAUUCCAUUCAAUUACUCAUACCUGUAUUUGAAUGAAAAAUUCAAGACAUCGGAAUUUUAGCAGCACACUGCUGCCUCUUGCCACGCAUUGGUAAUUAAUCAUUCUACCUUUUUUUUUUUUAAUCCAAUGUUUUCGUACUUGAAUAUUUAAAUUUCAAAAUCAGUGUUUAAUCUCCAGUUAUAUUUAUAAUUGAUCACAUGAAUUGAAUAAAUACGAUUUUGGAAAUUUCCUAGAUUUGUUCAGUAAGUCUCGGGUUAUUUCGUCUUUUAUGUAAAUAAAUUCUUCUCGAUUAAUUUUUCUUUUGGGAGCAGCCCAACAACAAUCGAUCAUAAAUCACUCGACAAUUUCUCAUAUCUCAUGGAUAAUCUUUUUUUGUUUUGCUUUUUUAUAGUUAAUUAUAUUAGCUCUAGCCCAAUGUCUGUUAUUGUGUAAACCUUCAUCAUCGAUGAAUUAAUUAAUAAAGGCAUUCCAUAACAAGAAUAUAAAUUUA